CUUCCGUUGAAUCUCUCCCAUCGCACUAUCGUAACGCAGGUUAAAGGCUUCUGCUUUUUCCUUCUAGUCGUCGCCGGGGAAACUGAUCGGAGUCGUCGGAGUUACCUGAAUCUCAAUCUUUGGUGAUCGGAAGGCCGAUCCGUCGAUGGAAUAGAGGAGGUCAGCUGAAUUUUGUACGAUCUGCUUCCGUCGCCGGUUUCCAUGGCCACCGGAAGCAGCAGCGGAGGCGGCGGUUUGUUCGAUAGCGUGGAGGUGACUACGAGCGGCAGGCCCGUGCUCCGCCGCGACGAGUUCGAGUGCUUCCUUCUCUCUGCCGUGGAUUUGGAUUCCGAAGACGAUCCGCCGCGCUUCGUCGCCUUGCGCUCCGGCAAUCUCACCCUCACCACUCACCGUCUCAUAUGGAUUCCUUCUCAGCCAAAUGGCGUCGUUUUUCCUUCAGCCAUACCUCUAUCUGCCAUUACUAUCAUCUUCUCGCAGAAGAAAUCUAUCAAAUCGAUGUUUCAUUCGCCGCGAAUCCGGUUCCAAGUUGACUCGGGCUCGAUUGUUGUGACGAUUGUGUUCAGGGGAAAGGGAGAUUUCGAUGGGUUCUUGGGGAAGAUGUGGGAGUGUUGGAGAGGAAGGGCAUGGGAGGAGGAGAAGAGCGAAAGCGGGUCCUCUGCUUCGGGUUCUGUGUCUGGUGGUGGGCAUAGUUUGUACGGAAACGAUGGGACGGUGAGGAUGGUGGGAGUUGCGGGGAUUUUGAGGAAAGAGCAAGAGUUGUGGGAGAGUACGGACAAGAGCUUGCAGGACGCUUUUCAAGAUUUGAAUGCUCUCAUGAGUAAGGCUAAAGAGAUGGUGAGCUUGGCAGAGAAAAUGCGGCAAAAGCUUUUGUCUGCUCCUAGUAGUCAGAACGGCUCCACAGAUGACGAGGAAAUGGGUUCUAAAGAAGAAAUGCAACAAUGGAUGCUGAGCGUUGGUAUUAUUUCCCCUGUUACAAAGGAGUCUGCUGGUGCGUUGUAUCACCAGGAACUGUCUCGUCAGUUGGCAGAUUUUGUCAGAAUUCCACUAGAGCAAGCUGGGGGAAUGAUAAAUCUUAUAGACAUCUAUUACCACUUCAACCGUGCUCGUGGGACAGAGUUGAUUUCUCCAGAUGAUUUGUUGCAAGCUUGUACCCUCUGGGAGAAAUUUGAUGUUCCAGUAAUGCUGCGGAAGUUUGAUAGCGGUGUUAUGGUCAUCCAGAACAAGUCCCAUAGCGAUGAGGAGGUUAUGGCUAGAAUUAGAACACUUGUGUCAAAGGCCGAGAUGUUGAGAACCGGGAUAACGGCUAGUGAUGCGGCCUUGACGCUGGGGAUUGCUCCUGCUAUGGCAAAGGAACAUUUACUAACUGCAGAGACCAUAGGUUUGCUGUGUAGAGACACAAGCCCGGAUGGCCUUCGGUUCUAUUUCAAUCUGUUUCCCGAGAUUGAUCCCAUCGAUCUCUAUUCGGUGAAGGAGUACGGAAUGUACGGUGUGUGGAUCAAAGCAACGUGCUUGUCCUGAUUGAGAAAUUUUGAAACAGCCUGUGGUGACAACAGAGAACGAUUGUUUGUAGAUUUCCCUGUGACAUAAAUGUCUUUUACAAGUCUUGUCUGGUUUUCACCGGAAAGAACGUAUUCUGAACAUUGAAUAAAAUCUCUGUUUGUAGUAA